UAGAUUGUUUUGUUUUUUUUCUCAUACAAUAGUGCACGCACGCGCCCCAUGCUGAAUCCUACAGCUAGUACAAGAUCCGAUAUCCUUGGUUUCUUAUUCUCAAGCACCAAAGGAUGGCACAUGGCAUGAGACGACUAUAUCGAUUCCCUAUUAUUAGCAGCCUGAUCCUAUUUAUAUUUAUAUUUUAAAAAAAAUCAAUUGAGCUGGUAGUUCCGUGACAACUAAGCUAUAUCACAUCCAUUUUUGGUAUUCUCUGAUCCAGCUCUCUGCCUGCCUGCACCCCAGAUGUUUGACUUGUUAGCAAAAGUUUUAAAAAGCUAGCAUGCAGAGAACGAGCUCAUACAAUAUUGCAUGCACCGCCAGCUUUCUAUAAGAUCGCCACCUCACUGAUCAGGGUAGUCAGUCACCACUCACCAGGUCUUCCACUUGCUCACGCGCGCUUGCUAGCUGAGCUGCACAGCACAGCCGUCAGCUAGCCAAGCCUCCGCACCGCGCCGGCCGGCUGGCAUGGAGAAGAAGCGGGUGGUCAUCGUGGGGGCCGGCGUGAGCGGCCUGGCGGCGUGCAAGCACCUCCUGGAGCUGGGGUGCCGGCCGACCGUGUUCGAGGCGGACACGGUGCUGGGCGGCGUGUGGGCGCGCGCGCCGGCCUGCACCGAGCUGCAGACGCCGCGCCCCUUGUACCAGUACGCGGACUUCCCGUGGCCGGAGAGCGUGACGGAGACGUUCCCGAGCCACCGCCAGGUGUCGGCGUACCUGGACGCGUACGCGCGCCGCUUCGGCGUGCUCGGCUGCGUCCGCUUCGGCCGCCGUGUGGUCGGCAUGGAGUACCGCGGCGUCGGCGAGCGGGACGUGGCCGCGUGGGAGGAGUGGGCCGGAAACGGCCAGGCCUUCGGCGGCGCCGGCGCCGGCGAGUGUGUCAGGCAUCCAGUGACAGAUACAGGCUACGUCUGAGGACAUAAAUACAAUUGGGCCGGGGCAGAGUGAGCGAGCCGGACGGCAAUUGUGAAGCUGAGCGGCCCAGAGUGGUCAGCAAUGUAAUUUUAUGUCUUGAGCCAGUUGAACGAGUAUUUAGAGGAGAUCGUCCAUAGGACAAGGAAGAUAUUCAGACUGUAAACAGAACUAUACCUUCUUCUUCGUCUCUAACCUCUGCUUCCUCUGUUCCUAUGAAUCUCUUGCUAUCUUCCUGAA